CUCGCAUGGGAAAGAAUUUCAGAUGGCCCUCCUCCAUGCCAGAAUAUCUCAGAAGACAUUCCUUCAGAAUAAUCGCUGACGUUGAGUUCGAAUUUGAUGACGAAGUCGGUACACAACCAGAAGGUAGUAGAGUAUGGAAAGGA